AUGGCUCCUGGUCCUUUUAGGAGAAAGCCUCUGGGGCUCGAUGUACCCCGCAACCCUACUCCUGACUCGCCGCCUGGGAUUGCGGCGCUAUUCGUCAUCCGCUUCGAUAUCAAGGCUGGAUACGUAAUUUCAUGGAAACGUACCAUUCCUGGAGUUGAGAUAGAAGGAGUCGUCGAAUACAAAUCGCUUCCGUCGGGUCUUCAUAAUGUCUCAGAGGAUCUAGUAUAUUUCGUCCAUGAACAGUAUGCCGGGAUCAGUUCGUUCGUCAACCAACCCGCGGAAGAAGCAGAGCGCAAUGCGCAGAUGUUUGCCGUGGGGAUUCUGGUCCCCUUGAGCUUUGGUAGACUCGGGAAAAGUUGGAGGCACGCUCCAAGGCUAAAGGAAUUGGCAGAGACCUAUGCCAAGGAUAUGACAAACACUCAACCUUUGUUGGACUACUGGGAUAACUUUGAGAUUCGCGUGAACGAUGCAUCGACCAUACCUGCUGAUUCUCCGCUGGAAUCACCUGUCAGCCUCAGGUUCAGAGAGCGACCGGACAACUUACAGCGUAAUCGCGCAUUCAGCGACGCAAUAGUACUGGAAGCGUCCAGGCCGGCCCUAACGCCUUUCCAUCCAGCGUCGUCACUUCCCGAAUUCCUUGACUCUUUCGGUCCUUUGAUAUUCCCCUUGUACAGAGCAGCAUUAUUACGCAAGCGUAUUCUUUUCAUGGCCGAAGCGCCAGUCCAUAUACCCUGUAACUAUGGUAAAUGGGAUCCUCCCGCGCCCAACCCCCCUUGGCCCUUGCUAACAAAAGCAGUAUAUGAUUUGUCGUUGUUAGCAUCGCUACCGAAUUACCUUCUUCCACUGCUUCCACCUGGCGGUUCACUUCCUCCCCGACCUCGCGCGCUGUUCAAUAUCGGCAUCCAUGAUAUACCCUACAUUUCAUCGUUCGUGAACGUCUCUGCGAAGACUGAGCCCGAUGCCGCUUGGAUAGCCUGCAGCACAGACAGUGUGCUUAGCAUGAAAAGCGAGCUCUUCGACGUCCUGGUUACUCUGCCUGCGCCACAUGCUAGCAACGCAGCCCAAAAAGUCUUCCCUAAAAUUUCCGUCUUGCCUAACCGAAGCGCGCAGCAUAACUCGUCUCAAGCAAUCUACCUGAAAGCCACACAGCGCGAUGCGCGACGCUACACCAUCCUCCGCAGGGGCUUACACCACAUCUCCCACGAUAACACUGCAUCUGGUGAAGAUGAGGACUCCGAUGCUGCAUCUACGUACUCAUCCAGUCCGGUCGUCGAGCCCCUGUCGUGGACACGCCUAGCCUACACAUCCUUCAUCUGGUGGGCAUCCGCAGGCGAGAAGCGUGACGGACUCACGGAAGAAGAGGAAGAAGAGCGCCAAAUUGAGCAAGACACGCGACUCCUAGCCAGCUUGGAAGCCAUGCCGACCCCGUCCUCAGGAUCUCUUGGCCGCCAUUCCAUGCCAGCGGAGGACGCUUCGCAACCUCCCGAAAUCGCACUGGUCGCCUACUUCCGUCGCCUGACGACCCAGCUCUUCGUUACGUUGUCGGACGUGAUUGCCCGUCAGGACGGCAGAAACGACGAACAGGAUGAGGAUAUCGGCGCCCCGUACGAGGACGAACCGGAGGAAGCGGAUGCCGAACCCUCUAUCUCCGUUGGCAGGGAAGUUUCGCAAGGAGACGACUCGAGACGGCCCUUACUGCCAUCUAGGGCCAAGUCCUCACCUGAGGAUGACGAGCCGGUGACUAUCACCUCCGAGGAUAUGACUGAGAUGGGCCUCGAUGUGUGGAGUGCUUCCGACCGCGUCUUUGUCGAGGAGUUGGUGCAGUCAUGGUGGGGUCGCGAAGCCUACAUUGAUAGCGCGCGUAUUAAGUGCUGUGGGAUUUCGAUCGUUUGA